AUGGCCCUAGUAGCAGCCCUCAACGACUGGAACCUCCCAUCGACAUCUGCCCAAGGUGAAAGGCAGUAUGAACAGCUAGCUCAUGCGUUGAGAGUCGCUGGGGAUUACCUCUAUCCGAGGGAUGUGACAUCUUCAAGAUCAGCAGUAAAGCCAAUCGAAACUCCAGAUGUGACGACAGCUUUCCAAAUUGCGUUGAGGGAUGGUAGAGGUUCAUCGUUAUAUUCUGAAUUUCUGGACGCUGUCGAAACACGGUUUUAUCUUAUCAUACGUGAUGUUCAAAGGUACAUCGAUCAUCUGACCUUAGUUGAGGAAGAGGACGAACAAGUUGGACCAGUGAUGAUUGAGAUGCUGGAGAGGUUGGCAGUCUGGCAGAGAGCUUGGGGCGUACCAUUGAGGGCUUUCCACGACCCAAAACUUAUAGGCACAUUCACCCAGGUAUUCCAUUCCCUCCUCCAUUCCACCCUAUCUCCAUUAUUUCCAAAAUACCUCUUAUCAUUCUUAUCCGAGUCACUCGCAUCCCUUCCCUCCCAUUUACUUGAUCCCCCAUCUAUGCCUCAGUUAUUCCAAAGCGUUCCAGUAAACUACCACAAAGUCCCACCACCAUCGCCCCAUCUAUCCAGAUUGGGUAUAUUCCCUAGGUAUUCCGGUACACUGAGCAAAGUGGCUUAUAAGGAAAUUGAGAAGAUCGCAAGGGAAGAGGCAGAAAAGGGUUGGGAUACCAGACGAUUAACCAGGGCCAGACAGAGAGUUGGAGAUGGUGUUGCUAAUUGGUUGAGCGGGAUGUUCGAGGGGAACGAAUCCGCACAAGCUGCUCUCAGACCGAUGUUCUCGAGAUUUGAUUACUAUCUUUGCAAAUGCUUCUUCGAUAUCAGGACCGAUGAACUGUUCGAUAUAAUUGUUGAUUUCCCUGACUCCAUGGCUGCCUUAGAAGAUCUCAAGGAAUGCUUGUUCAAAGUUGACCAACGACUCGAAUUAGUCAAUAAGCUCAACGCGGCCAACUUGAAACGUCUUUUACAUCCUGGAGCAGAGACCAAACUAGUAUUAUCAAUAUACAUAUCCACUAUCCGAUCGUUAAGGAUAUUAGAUCCACAAGGCGUAUUGUUACAUAAAGUGGCUACUCCCAUCCGAAAACAUCUAAGAGAACGAUCAGAUACGACCAAAUGUAUUGUCAGUGCCUUGGUGGAAGGUGAAGAGCUGGGCGACGAAAAUGAGAAUGCGGGAUUGAUAAGGGAUGGUGCUGAAGAUGGGAUGGAGAUUGAAGAUUGGUCAGAUCCUAAAUGGGAUCCUGAACCUGUUGAUGCUGCUCCAGAAUUCAGAUCAGGUAAAGCAGGUGAUAUAGUCUCGACACUCGUUAGUAUCUAUCAAACUCGGGAGGUGAUCGUCAAAGAACUCCAAGUAUUGUUGGCGACCAGAUUAUUAGCUGUGAGAGAUUACGAUGCGGUGAAAGAGAUUCGAAUUAUCGAAUUAUUGAAAUUGCGAUUCGGUGAACAAGCUCUACAGAUCUGCGAUGUCAUGUUGAAAGAUAUGGCGGAUUCGAAGAGGAUAGAUGAUCAUGUUCAAGGUGAUAUUCAGUCAACUGUUCAUCCUUUGGUCAUAUCCAAGAUGUUCUGGCCGAAUGUACCUGGAACUUCUUUAUGUCUUCCACCAAAAUUGUUCAGAGCACAACAAGAAUAUGAAUCUGCUUUCCAUCAUUUCAAACCCGACAAACACCUUCGAUUCCUCCAAUCUCUCGGUACGGUGCAUAUGUCCAUCGAGCUGGAAGAUCGAGUGGUCGAAGUGGAAGCGAACCCCAUCCAAGCUUCCAUCAUUGAAUUAUUUGAAGCCCGAGAUAUAUUGACUGUAGGAGAAAUCAAGGAAAAAUUGCAGAUUAUCGAGAAGUUGAUCAAAGAUGGGUUGGGGUGGUGGAAGGAAAAGGGUGUAGUGAGAGAGGAAGGAGACGGAUGGAAGUUGUUGGAAAUUGCCGAAGAGGAGGAGUAG